GGUAGAAGAGUUUUUCUAUUUGAUUUUUUGUGGGAAAUGAUCCAAUCCAUCCAAUAGUAUAGGAAGAAAAAUGUUAAGAAACAGAUGUGGGGGUAAGUAAGCAAGGAAAAGAAGUAACGCGGGAUGCGUUGUUUAGUUACUAUAUGACGUGGAAUCACCAUCACCGUCAAACCUAACACCCAUCAUCAUCAUCGAUUAAUAAUAAUAAUAAAGCACGUGACCUACUUCAUCAACACAAAGAAACUGAAAGGAAGAAGAAGAAGAAGAAGAAGACGAAGAAGAUUAUGACGAUGAUGAAUUUGUUGAAUGCGUUGACGGUGAGUCGGAUGUUGACUCGCGAUCACUUAUCUCUCGCUAACGAAGGUAUACCUUUUGGAUCCGUUAAAUGGAUUGCUUACGCCGGAAUCUGUUGUUUUCUUGUUCUCUUCGCCGGUAUCAUGUCCGGUCUUACUCUCGGUCUCAUGUCUCUCAGCCUCGUCGACCUUGAAAUUCUUGAACGUAGUGGUUCUUCUUCUGAGAAAAAACAAGCCGCGAUUAUACUUCCUGUGGUUAAAAAACAACAUCAGCUUCUUGUUACUCUGCUUCUCUGUAAUGCUGUUGCCAUGGAGGCUCUUCCUCUAUACCUAGAUAAGCUCUUCAAUCAAUUUCUUGCAAUCAUUCUCUCUGUUACUUUUGUUCUCUUUUUCGGGGAGGUUAUUCCGCAAGCAAUUUGUAGUAGAUAUGGUCUUGCUGUAGGUGCCAAUUUUGCGUGGCUUGUGCGGAUUUUAAUGGUUGUAUGUUACCCAGUUUCGUAUCCCGUUGGAAAGGUUCUGGAUUACCUAUUGGGGCAUGAUGAGGCUUUAUUUAGGCGUGCACAGUUAAAAGCUCUUGUCUCCAUUCAUGGCAAGGAGGCUGGGAAAGGAGGUGAGCUUACACAUGAUGAGACAACAAUUAUCAGUGGAGCACUUGAUUUAACCGAAAAGACUGCUGAGGAGGCUAUGACUCCUAUUGAAUCAACAUUUUCUUUAGACGUUAAUUCAAAAUUGGACUGGGAGGCAAUGGGAAAAAUUCUUGCUCGUGGGCACAGCCGAGUUCCCGUCUAUUCUGGAAAUCACAAGAAUGUUAUUGGGCUUCUACUUGUAAAAAAUCUUCUUACUGUACGGCCUGAAACAGAGACCCCCGUCAGCGCUGUAUCUAUCCGGAGAAUUCCACGGGUUCCGUCCGAUAUGCCUCUCUACGAUAUAUUGAAUGAGUUCCAAAAGGGAAGUAGUCAUAUGGCUGCUGUUGUUAGGGCUAAGGGAAAAGGCAAAGAAACUCCACAAAUAAUUGAUGAAGAGAAAUCUGAUGCAAAGAAAAAAGUUGGUGGGGAUUCACAGUUAACCACUCCAUUGCUACAAAAGCAGGAUGUAAAAUCAGAAAAUGUUGUUGUUGACAUUGACAAGCCUUCAAAGCUUCCCGGCAUUAAUAAGCAAACUGGUUUGCAGCGUGGUGAUGUUACGUUAAACUCUCCUUCUGAAACUAUUGAUGAUGGUGAAGUGAUUGGUAUUAUCACUUUGGAAGAUGUAUUUGAAGAACUUCUACAAGAAGAAAUUGUGGACGAGACAGAUGAAUAUGUUGACGUUCAUAAGAGAAUACGUGUUGCGGCAGCUGCAGCUGCUUCCUCAAUGGCACGAGCGCCAUCAAUCCGGAGGUUGACUGCCCAAAAGGGAGCAGGCGGCCAAAGUAAGUCCGGAACUCCGAAGUUUUCUGGAGAUCAGCAGGAAAAUGGAUUCAAUUCUACAAGAUAGCAAAAGGAACUCUGUGUUAAAGGCCUUUAAUAUAUGAGUUGCCUUUUGUAUCUGCUAUAUGAAGUUGAAAAAGAAACAAUGGAGCGUAUUUAAGUCAUACUAGGCAAUUAUUUAUAAUAUAUAGAUGAUCUUUGGCAUUAAUUUAAUAUACUUUCCUUUUUGGAAGUGCUUUAA